GGGAGCGGGUGCAGGGCCCCCGGAGGCGCCCGUGGAACCCGACCGCGACGGCCCCAGGGAGGAGGACGAGCCCAAGCUGACGCCUGGCCCUCAGGUAGGAGCGAGCGAAGCAAGUCCGGCUGCUCGGGCAAUUUCACUUCUCCGGAGCGGGGCAGGGAUGGGCUUGGGGAUGGACCAUCUUGCCUCCAGCCCCCAGGGCCGGGGCUGAGGCUUUCUCCGCCGAGGCCGGGGUGGAGGCUAGACCCCUCUCUCCAAAGCUGAGGCUCGGCCCGUUCUGUUCUCCUGAGACCAGACUGCCUGCCCUCUCUUGCCGACUCCGGGCUGGAGCAGAGAGGUCCCACACUGGGACCGGGCUCUGUUUCUGAGGCCACAGCUCAGCUCACUGCCCUUCACCUUCCGCGGCCCCACCUGCUCCCCCACCCACCCACGGGCCAUCACAGGGUGCUGGGGCCUGGAAGGCUGCAGCCUCUUCCCUCUACCCCCUGGGAACGGUUCCACCCCUUCCUCUCACUGCCUGCAGCCACGGCCCCCUCAGCAGCUGUGCCCCCAGCGUGUGUCUCCUGGGGCCUCUCUCCCUGCCCAGCGGAGCAUUUGGAGUAGACAGCCAGGCUGCCCAGAAGACUAUUUGGUGGGGCUCCAGCGCUGAGGUGGACGCCCAGCAGAGCCUGCCCUUUCCGUCUAUACCCCUGGACCUACAAGGCUCCCAUUCCGACCCUCAUCUCCCUGGGUUUGGCGAAUCCUAGUGAGAGGGAGCAAUAGGAGGACUCGCCAAAGCUUCCAGCUUGCCGCCUGGAAGAAGGUCACUUUCUUUUGAGCAAAGGAGCUAAUGGGAGGUACCGUGCCAGUGUUCACGGAGAGGCCCGGGUGGCAUGAGCCACAGCUGCUCUGGGAGGGUUGUGGCACCUGGGGCUGGGUGGCUCUCCCUAAGCUUGCUCUGACAAAAGAGUUUUGAGUUGGUCUUUUGGCUGAGCCUGCCAAGGAAGGCAGGCUCCUGCAGGAGUCUUGGAGGGUCGGAUGCGGCGCCGGAUGAGGCUGAGGCGUGGCGGAAGAUGCGUUUGACUCUGCAGACACUGCAUCGGGCAGCAGGGGACUCUGGGAGGCUGGUGCAGCCAGAAGGCAUGGCUCUUGACAGCCUUCUAGUAGAAUCUCUGGAAUUGUGCAUAUGCUUGGUGCUGAGGAUGCACAGACAUAUCCUAGAGAAGGCUUUUCGGAGAGGCUUCAAGGUCGAAUAGAAGUUCCUCCAGACAACGAGGUGGGAGAAAGUGUCUGAACAAAGGAAACAGCAUAGACAGAGACCCGGAGGCAAGACGUGCCCAUCUCAUGAGAGAGUGGCGAGAGGACAGAAGAGGAAAGAAACUAACGGGUAUUGAGCACCUACUGUGUGCCAGGCCCAGGCCAGGUGGGGAUUGGUCUGUAGACUGCACAGACGGCCCAAGGAUUGUGGCCUCUCCCGGACAUAUCAGAAGAAAAGGACAUCUUUCUUUUUUUUAACCUUCAAGAUUUGGGGACAUCAAGGCAUUAGGGCGUGUGAGCAUGAGCUUUGGAGUCAGCCUCACUGAGGUUCCCCCCACCUCCAGCCAAUCUGUGCAGACUUGCUGCCUGCUGUGUCAUCGGGAACGCAAAGGCUGGGAAGAAGGUCCUUCCCAAAACGGACUGGUGUUGCAGGGUGAGAAGCUGCCCCCUGACUUCAUGCCAAAGCUCGUCAAAAAUCUCCUAGGCGAGAUGCCUCUGUGGGUCUGCCAGAGUUGCCGAAGGAGCAUGGAGGAAGAUGAAAGGCAGACAGGUCGAGAGCAUGCAGUGGCGAUCUCCUUGUCACACACAUCCUGCAAAUCACAGUCUUGUGGCGGUGACUCUCAUUCCUCUUCGUCCUCCUCUUCAUCAUCCUCAUCCUCGUCCUGCCAUGGGAACUCAGGGGACUGGGAUCCCAGCUCGUUCCUGUCAGCACAUAAGCUCUCGGGCCUCUGGAACUCCCCGCACUCCAGCGGGGCUGUGCCGGGCAGCUCGCUUGGGAGUCCUCCUGCCAUCCCCGGCCUGGGCUCCUUGAGCCUGUCCAGCCAAGCUGCUGCCUGCAGCGAAACCUCUCCAGCCCAAGGCGGCACUGCUGGACAUUCCCGAAAGCUUAUGGUCCACUGUGCUGAGAGGCUGUGCCAGACAGUUCCCUCUGGUCACAGCGAGGUUUUCCCCAUCUCGGAGCACCACCGGCACGCAGACCUCACUGUGCCACCUAACAGCCCCACCGGCCACCACCCCCAGCCAGCAUCGCUGAUCCCAUCUCACCCUGGAUCCUUUGGCUCACCACCACCCCCACACCUGCUGCCCACUACCCCGGUAGCACCUUUCCCUGCCCAGGCUUCAGAAUGCCCUGUUGCCGCUGCUGCCACCCCCCACGCCCCAGGGGCAUGUCAGAGCCCUCACCUGCCCUCCACCAGCAUGCCGCUCCUGAAGAUGCCUCCACCUUUCUCAGGGUGCAGCCACCCCUGUAGUGGGCACUGCGGUGGGCCCCUGCUCCCAUCACCAGGCUCGCAGCAGCUGCCGAGCACCCACAGCAGAGACCCCGUGUGCAAGGGGCACAAGUUUACACACAGUGGCCAAGCCUGCCAGCUGCCCCAGUCCUGCGAGGCAGAUGAGGGGCUGGGCGAGGAAGAGGACAGCAGCUCAGAGCGGAGCUCCUGCACCUCGUCCUCCACCCACCAGAGAGAUGGGAAGUUCUGUGACUGCUGCUACUGUGAGUUCUUCGGCCACAAUGCGCCACCCGCUGCUCCGACGAGUCGGAAUUAUACCGAGAUCCGGGAGAAACUCCGCUCGAGGCUGACCAGGCGGAAAGAGGAGCUGCCCAUGAAGGGGGGCGCCCUGGGCGGGAUCCCUGGGGAGCCCACCGUGGACCACCGAGAUGUGGAUGAGCUGCUGGAAUUCAUCAACAGCACGGACCCCAAAGUCCCCAACAGCGCCAGGGCCGCCAAGCGGGCCCGGCACAAGCUGAAAAAGAAGGAAAAAGAGAAGGCCCAGUUGGCAGCAGAAGCUCUGAAGCAGGUGAAUCGUGGUAUUUCUGGAAGCCAGGAGCUGAGGCCUGCCAGGGAGAGGCUCUUGGAGUGGCCUGACCGGGAGCUGGAUCGGGUCAACAGCUUCCUGAGCAGCCGUCUGCAGGAGAUCAAGAACACUGUCAAGGACUCCAUCCGCGCCAGCUUCAGUGUGUGUGAGCUCAGCAUGGACAGCAAUGGCUUCUCUAAGGAGGAAGCUGCUGAGACAGAGCCCCAGAGUCUACCCCCCUCGAACCUCAAUGGCUCCUCAGAGUACCGGCCUGACAUCAACCUUGACCUGUCCCCUUUGACUUUGGGCUCCCCUCAGAACCACAUGUUACCAGCUCCAGGCAAACCAGCCCCACCAUGGGCAGAAAUGAGAGGUCCCCAUCCACCAUGGACAGAGGUGAGGGGCCCCCCUCCCGGUAUCAUCCCCGAGAAUGGGCUAGUGAGGAGACUCAGCACUGUGCCCAACUUGUCCCGGGUGAUCUGGGUCAAGACACCCAAACCAGGCAACACCAGCUCUGAGGAGCCAAGCCCAAAGGAAGUCCCCAGUUGCAAGCAGGAGCUGCCUGAGCCCGUGGCCUCAGGUGGGAAGCCACGGAAAGGCAAGAGACAAGGCAGUCAGGCCAAGAAGAGUGAGGUGAGCCCAGCCCCCCGGUCCUCGGCCAGCUUGGAGGCUCCCAGUGCCAAGGGCCAGCCCCCCAGCCCCAAGCAGCCAGGCAAGGCCCCAGAGCCUCCCAAAGUGGGCAGCUGUGCCGAGGCCGGAGACGGGAGCCGGGGGAGCCAGCCAGGACCAGGUUGGGCUGACAGCCCCAAAGCUGACAAGGAGAAGGGCAGCUCCUGGCGAAACUGGCCAGGUGAGGCCAAGGCACGGCCUCAGGAGCAGGAGUCUGUGCAGCCCCAAGGCCCAGCAAGGCCCCAGAACUUGCCGCAGGGCAAGGGCCGCAGCCGUCGCAGCCGCACCAAGCAGGAGAAGUCGGCCGCCUCCUUGGACGAUGUGUUCCUGCCCAAGGACAUGGAUGGUGUGGAGAUGGAUGAGACUGACCGGGAGGUGGAGUACUUCAAGAGGUUCUGUUUGGAUUCUGCAAAGCAAACACGCCAGAAAGUUGCUGUGAACUGGACCAACUUCAGCCUCAAGAAAACCACUCCCAGCACAGCUCAGUGAGCCUUUGCCGGGUCCAGCUUCUUCACGGUCUCCUGAGACCCCCGACUGCCAGCUGAAGGUCUACAGUUUCUUCCUCCUCCACAGCCCCACCCACCUGCCCAAGACCCUCCCUGUUCCCCGCCAUCCCGGACCAACCAAAAGCUGAAUGGAUGCUGAGCCGGGCUGGGACCCUUCAGGACCUCCACAGAGCCGCCUCCAGGUGCUACGCAGCCUCCACACUCAGAGCCCGGGGGCUGGGCUGGCCUGUGGGCCGGGGGCUGCUGGCCCAACACUGCUCUCCGUAUGUUUGGUUUUUUGUUUGUUUUAUUUUUUAAUUCUUUACUUUUGAUACUGUGAAGAUCUUUCCUGCGAAAGAUAAAGCAACAUUUGGACAAAGA